UGCGGAGUAUUUGGCAACCCGAUUGUGAUCAGUCAAGCAGCGCAACUUCCGUAGUCAGACUGAGCCCUACCUCGGUAGCUUAGUCAUGAACAGCCCGUGUGUUUGGGGACAAAGACAGCCGCACGACUGUUGGGUACAAGGGCAGAGUCCGCGCUUGUGAUUUAUUAAUAGUGGAUUAACACAGCAUGUGUCUGUUUUUGGCCUCUGCUUAACGCUGUCAACACGGCUUUGUUGGUGGGGAGGCGCUAGCUUAGCUUGCUAGCCCUGUGUUUGUGAGUGGGCUUAAAGGGGCUUCAGUUCGGUUUCGGGUUUGGCACGGAGCUGUCGCUAAACUGGAGAGGUGACCAAUAAUGAAUCGCUUCCGAAAGUGGCUUUACAAGCCAAAGAGGUCAGAUCCACAGUUGCUGGCCCAGUUCUACUAUGCAGAUGAAGAGCUGAACCAGGUGGCCACCGAGUUGGACAGUCUGGAUGGCAGGAAGGACCCUCAGCGUUGUACUCUACUGGUGAACCAAUUCCGCUCCUGCCAGGACAAUGUGUUGAACAUCAUAAAUCAGAUUAUGGAUGAGUGCAUACCUGAAGACCGGGCCAACAGAGACUUCUGUGUAAAGUUCCCAGAAGAAAUCCGCCAUGACAACCUUGCCGGGCAGCUGUGGUUUGGAGCGGAGUGUUUAGCAGCAGGAUCAAUCAUCAUGAAUCGUGAAAUUGAGAGCAUGGCCAUGCGGCCACUAGCCAAAGAUCUCACCCGCAGUCUGGAGGAGGUACGUAACAUCACCAGAGAUCAAGCGCUGCGUGAUCUCAACAACUACACCGACCGCAUGAAGGAAGCUCUCCGACAGUUCGACAGCCUUUUCGCUGAGUUUGAGCUCAGCUAUGUGUCAGCCAUGGUGCCUGUGAAGUCUCCUAAAGAGUAUUACAUCCAGCAGGAGGUGAUUGUACUCUUCUGUGAGACAGUUGAGAGGGCCCUGAAGCUUGAGUACCUCACACAGGACAUGAUUGACGACUAUGAGCCAGCUCUCAUGUUUACAAUCCCUAGACUUGCCAUUGUCUGUGGCCUUGUUAUCUACUCCGAAGGGCCUCUUAACCUCGACCGCAAACCAGAGGACAUGUCCGAACUCUUCCGUCCUUUUCGCACUUUGAUGAGAAAAAUAAGGGACCUGCUGCAGACCCUAACAGAAGAAGAGCUCAUGACGCUGGAGCGCAGCCUCUGUAUAUCCCAAGAUGGAGAAUUUUCCACAGGGCCCAGCGUGUCAUCAUCCAAGGACCCAAGCAUUUCCACAGGCCCUGAGUGUCAGUUAGAGAUACUAGAGAAAGAUGAAGAUGAGCUAGAGGCAGUGGACCUUACACUCUCUGUGACCCAGGAAGACGAUGUCAUAUGGAAAACGGAUGAAGUUUGUAAAGACCAGCAAGAGGAACCAUGCGAGAGUGAAGAAGAGGAGGAGGAGGUGGCUACAGAUGCAGACUUGGCUUGCUCCAUGCAGUAUGAUGAGGAAGAGAUCGAGCAGCUCAAUAUGAUGGUGCAUCAAGUUGGGGACGAAAUGUCCACGUUGCUUUCCCCUCCGAGCCAGAAUCAGUCUCCUGCCCACCACCCUCGACAAUAUAGAGGAAACGGUGUUGAAGGUUCAAGUGCAACAUCUAGCACUCAGGCAUCUCCUCGGAGAGUCCCAGGCUCCUACCAUGAUGAUGAUAGAGUUUUCUUUAUGGACGACCUUGAGGUGGGGGGAGUUGUAAGAGAUGGUGAGAUUUCCCGAAGGCAGCUUCCCCUUCCUGCCGUAUGCCUCCGAUCCCCUGAAAAUACCAGAUCCGACUCUUCCUGUAACGGUUGGUUGACAGUCUGUCAGUCAAGUGACAGCACCAGUUUGGGUUGCCAGCACAAACUGAGCCAAUCUGUUGAAUCUUUGGGCCCUCUGGUGAAUGGUUGGGAAGGAUCGCAUGAAGAGGUAAGCGUGGAGGCUGCUGAAGAGAUCGCCAAUCGCACCGGUGGAAUGAAGCUGUCAGCCACUGUAAUAUUUAACCCUCAUUCUCCAAGCUUAUCUGACCUGGCUGUCGUCUUACCUCAGUCAACAGAUGUUUUGGAGCCUGGCGAGGGCGGGGCUUUAGUUGCCACUCAGUGCCUGCUUAACUCCUGCGUGUGCUGUGCUGGCGGAUGCGUCGACAACCAUGAGGACGCUGUUGCCAUGGAGACAGCCGGGCGGGGAAUGAUGCUGGGAUUUGAUAAACACAAGCUUACCAUCACAAGCUCUGUUAUCCAAUCGGCAGUAGCUGCUGGCAGCCAAGGAAAAGGAAAUGGACAUUUACCGCUCACCUUGCCCCCGGCCCAGGGCCACCUCACCCCUCCUGGGGGCAGUCAGGACUGUUCCCAAUAUCCCUGCUGCGAGAAAUGUCUGGCAAGCACACUUCUGGCUCAGGAUAGGGGCUUAGGACAAGGAGAUGGAAGUCCUAGUUGUCCCCAUCAAGACACCGGAUGCUGGGUUCAACAUAACACUACAGGCAAAGGGAGAUCAGAGGGUCUCGGAAAACAGUCCAAAGACGACAACAAAAAGAACUCCAGCAAUUCUCAGGAGUCUCCCCUCAGUUCUGUCCCAAGCAGUGACGUUGAGGCUGUAUCUGUUACUACAUGCAGUUUGUCAAGUUCAUACACACCCAGCCCUGUUGGUAGUCUGACCACCAGCUCGGACAUAUCUGAGGAUCUGGACCAUCAGGACAUUCAGGUGGCUUUGCAUGCUGCCAAACUUGCUGCUCACAACAAAAUUCGCUCACGUUUCCAUAGCAGUAGUGACCUCAUCCACCGUCUUUUUGUCUGCAUAUCAGGUGUGGCCGAUCAGUUGCAAACAAACUAUGCGAGUGACCUGCGGAGCAUCUUAAAGACGCUGUUUGAGGUCAUGGCUACAAAAUCAGAGCAAGGGGACAACGAGAAGCCCAAGAAAGGUCCCUGUCUGGGCAACGCAGUUUUAGAAGACUGUGCGCUCUGUCAGGAAACCAUCUCUUCAUCAGAACUCGCUGCCAAAGCCCGAGAGGGACAAUUUGAAGACCCUCCCGAGUGGGUACCAGAUGAAGCCUGCAAUUCCUGCAUCGCUUGUAAGGCACCGUUUACCGUCAUAAGAAGGAAACAUCAUUGCAGGAGCUGUGGAAAGAUCUUCUGUUCCCGAUGCUCUUCGCAUUCAGCCCCGUUGCCUAGAUACGGUCAGAUGAAGCUGAGAGUUUGUACUCACUGCUACAUAUUCCACGUAACGCCUUUCUACAGUGACAGGACUGGUAUCUGACCACCGUAUACACCAACACACGCAUAAGCACACUAGAAGUUUCACUGAGGUUCGAUUCUUCAGUGCCCACGAACAAAUGAAAACAAACCCGAGUAUCUUUUGAAUAUCGUCAUCAUCAUCAUCCAAAAAGUGUAAAUAUUAACACUAAAUGCUAUCACUACAAAGAUAAAAAGAGCCUCGACAGAACAAAGCAAGAUGGACUGAGUUGCGGUCAAAAUGGAAGCACAUAAAGGAAGUUACCCCAUCGCUAUGGGAGCCAAAGUAUUUAUUUAGGGCUUUGCUUUUGAAUAAUAAGCUUAAAUUAAAUUUGCUUUAAUGGAGCAUGGAACAAACAGGCUUUUCUGUUAAACAGAAGUGCGACUGUAAUGAAAGUGCAGCUUGUUAACAGGAUUACGUCUUUUUGUCGGGCUCAGAUUUCCAGGGUGAAUGUAAACUGUGAGCACAUGAUUAAAUAUGAGAAAAAAUCUAAACUGUGACAUAUAAAAAGACAUUAAUAUAAAGACUAACUGCACCAACACUAACGCCUGUGGGGCAAAAUAUAGCACAGAUCUUUUUUUCUCAUAUGUUUUAUUUAGGAAAUAAUGCUGCUUUCUGUAAAACAGAUGUGAGACUUUGGAAUUAGUUGAAUGGCCAAAAAAUAUAUGUGAGUGUGUGUAUAUAUGUUGAAAGUAUGAAAUGAAUUUGAUGUAUCUUCUGAUAGAAGAUUCUUUUCCUUAUGCCAAUAUGAAUGUGCAACAUUUUAACGUUUUGUUUAUUGUUUUUUUUUUUUACUUAUACUGAACUGUAAUUGCCUUUUUACAGCAGUGUGGGAGCCUUUUGCUUUUACUCUGGUACAAACAAACACUAUAAACCCCCUACCUCAUCCCUUAUGAUGACUUCCCAACCCCUUCGCCCUUUCAUACAGUUCUGUUUUAAUAUAAUGCGUGUACAUUAUCAUCCGUCAAUCCAUACUGUUUUAAACACUAACUUUUUUGUCUCUACGCACUAGACUUUAUUUCAUUCAAUGAAAAAAAAUAUUGACCAACCACUACUUUUUGGCUGUAAUUAUAGUAAGAUAUAAAGCUGUUGAAACGGAUAAUUUUAGAAAUUCAUCAAUUGUGCUUUAGGUUUUUGUAGUGCUGUUGACAGCUCAGUCUUUCCCUUCAGUUUAGCUUAUAUAAGUUCUAUAUAUCAGCUUAUAUAAACCUUUUGUAAGGUCGUUCUACAAAACGCAUAAUUAAUAGUAAUCACAAAGCACAUUUUUUGCAGACAAGCUAAACUAAUAUUGAGUGUUGCUUUUUGAAAUGCAAAGACAUACAAACACUAACUAAUAUGAUGCAUAUUUUGUAUGAGAAAUAGUAAAUUUCACUAUAGCUUACGAACAGUAUAGUUUCCCACAUGACUGUAAUGUGAAAUAAUCUAGUCGAUACACAAAAUAAUUAGUUUUAAAGGUCACCUAAUAUGAGAAUUUUAAUGUUUUAUAUUUGUUGUUGUUUGAACAUAAUUGUGUGUCACUGGUGUGGUUACACAACUAAAAAUCUGCCUAAUCUUUUUUCAUCUCCGUAAAACAAGCUGUUGGCAUUUUCUGAGCAAUCUGACAUCACUUUGCGCAGGCCCCGCCCACAACCAGCCAAAGUUCACAGUUCGAUCAUAAUUUCCAAUUUUAAUCUUCCUCCUUCAUUUAUUACCACACGUUCAUUAUGAACUUUGAAGUAAGGUGAUGGUCUUAUUAAAAUGGUGUAUGUUAAACGGGAAGGCAAGCGGCUGCUAAUUUGCAUUUAAAAUGACCCACACAAAAACUGCACUUUUUCAUGCACACCCAAAAAUGGGCAUUUGUUUACAACAUCGUAUAAUGAAUGAUGUACAGGAUAUUUGGACAUAAACCUUCACAUGCGCAUUCUGGACACAUGAGAGUAAUGUUACAUCUUGAAAAAUUGACAUUAGGUGACCUUUAAGAUCUGAGAAUUAUUAUUAAACGCGUCUAAAUAGUAUUAAACACUGGUUACAAAAGUACUACACCAAACUACUAAUUACAUUAUACAUUAUGACUUAAAUUUCAAAUAAAGCUCCUUGCUGAUCAAGAACGUUAUUUUGUGUCAGUCAAAUAUGCCUGUAAAAACCCAGCUAAAGUCAUUUUUUAAAUGUAAUGUUUUUAACAUCAAACCAUCCUACAUAAUGUAAAGAAUAAAAAAUAUAAUCGAUAUUUGUGGACUGAGCAAGUUCAUGUGAACAUAAUGGCUGAAAUCAAAAUGUUAUGCUUGUUUCUCAAAAUUUGAUUUGUAAACUUUAGCCUGGUUUUUACAGGCAGCAUCACAUUGUUUUUAUUUGCUGUUCCAUAGUGUUCCUAUUUUGGGAAUGCUGGCAUUCUGAGAUAGCCACUGUUCCAGUCCGCAUAUAGCCAGUGUGAAAAGGGGUGUAUAUCAAAUGUUUGUGUGCAUUUAUGGGGUUUAGUACGACCAGUUCUGUACUAGCAAUAUCGUACACUAGUUACAUUUAUGGUUAAGGCAGCUUGAUUCUGCUGGAACCUAAUACUAGUUAAUACUUUACCUCUUUUAUUACUUUGUUAAUGCUAAUAUUUCUUUGCUGUCUUCAUGUCCUAAAGACAUUCACAUGUGCGCUUAAAGGGAAAGUUCAUCCAAAAAUGAAAAUUCUGUCAUCAUUUACUCACCCUCAUGUUGUUACAAACCUGUAUGAAUUUCUUUAUUCUGAUGAACACAAAGGAAGAUAUUUUGAGAAAUGUUUGUAAACAAACCCUUUGUGGACCCCAUUCAAUUCCAUAGUAGGAAAAAAAGAAUACUAUGGAAGUAAAUGGGGUCCACAUACAGUUUGUUUACAAAAAUUCCUCAAUGUUCAUCAGAACAGUGAAAUUUAUACGGUUGUAACAACAUGAGAGUGAGUAAACGAUGAGAGAAUUUUUAUUUUUGGGUGAACUAUCCCUUUAAGCAAAUCGGUUUAUACAUUGCAUUAGGAAACAAUAUUGAAGUCCUCACUAAAUUUUCUCAUAUUUCAUUUAUUUUUCCAUAUAAUCCCCUUGGAAUGGCUGUGCAUUGCUAAAAUUAUGUUGUUUAGGUAUAUCACUUUGAUAUAAUCUAUCACUUUUUCUUAACAAUAGGUCAACUCCGUUAUAAGUAAGCCUAACAGAUUGUCUCCAGAUGUUGUGAUCCUUACAGAUAUAAGGUGUCCUUAACCUUAACAAUAAUAAUUUACAAGUAGGUUUACAAAUACUUGUCAAACGCUUUGCCUUUUUACUGCAUAUAUUAACUUGGUUAGCUGAAUAUACCUUUUUAUUCUUGGACCUGACACUGGAUCAGUUGGCAGUCACACACUACUACUAAACAAUACAGAGCAUACUUUAAGUUAAUUGUUUAGAGAGAUACUGUUUUUUUGUUGCUUUUUUGUUUUGCGCUUUCUGUUUGUAUGAUGUCAGUAUUCCUCAGGCAUGCUUGUACAUUGGCAUGAUACUGAGGAACUGAUUUUUACAGCUACUCUUGGAAUGUAUUUUGAUUUGAAAUGCGAUUGUGUGAAACAAGGAUUCAGUCAAAAGUUCAUGACUUCCUUUGAUGGCAGGUUCAGUGUCUGAAGCCUUCCAUCCUGUCACAUGAUAAGCUCACUUUCUAAUUUAAUCUUCUUCCAGUCUUCAUUAAUGUCUCCUUUUUGCUUUUUGCCUUUUUUGUAUUAAUUGAAAAAAGAUGAGUCUUUAAAAUUAUACAGAUGUUUUAUUUUACAGAGCAAAAAUAAUAAAAUUAUAUAUGUAUAAUAUUACUUUUUCUGUAUAAAGAGAAAAAUCACAACGAGAGAAUUUACACUAUUUAUUCAAAGCUUGUUUUUAUUUUAUAAUGGCCGGUUCAGUCUAAGAUGUAAAAAAAACUUUUCGAAGUCUACCAAGUAUUUAUGUCAUGCAAUGAAAGUAAUAAAUGAUCUCUUUCUUUACAUAACUGGA